AGUCACUGAACUUGGGGUUCGACACGCCGUUGAAAAGCUGCUUUGUUUUUGUUUUGUUCUGUUUUUUAACUGGAAGAAGCGGUGACGCCGCAGUCAAUGCGAUGAUGACUCAGCGGGUCAAGUAGCCGGACCUUCGUCGUUGCAUCGCCGGGGAGAGCAUCGAUCCACAGUAUUGCUCCUAUCAAUCUGGAGCUUGACGCAUUCGAAUGGGAAGAGUCGGAGAGAUCGAGGCGGAGGCCCGAUGCGAUGAGGCGGACACCGUCUUCGUCGCGGUGGGCCGGAACGUCGAGAAGUGCAAGACGACGUUGCAUUGGGCGGCGCGGAACUUCUCGGGGAAGCGGAUUUGCUUGCUUCAUGUGCACCAGCCGACGAAAAACGCCGAGUUUGCUGCCAAUAAAGCAAAACAGUGUGCAGUUCAUGACUUGCAUGAAGCUGAGAUGCGAAAAAUGCCUGAAGUUCUUAAUGAAUACCUCGUGUUUCUUGCGCAGGCUGGAACGGUAGACUUGGAUAAAGUUUGGAUUGAGAUGGACAGCAUUGAGAGGGGAAUCCUGGAAGGGAUAUCUCAAUACAAUAUUAGAUGGCUUGUGAUGGGAGCAGCAGCUGAGAAAGACAAUCCUAAAAACCUGACCAGGUUGGAGUCCGGAAAAGCAAUAUUUGUUUGCCAGAAUGCACCAGAUUUCUCUCAGAUUUGGUUCAUUUGUGAGGGUUGCCUCAUAUACACAAAGCGGCCGGAAUGCUUGAAAUCAGAACGUCCAACUUUUAAGCAAAAAUCUCUUGAUCGGCUCAUGAAUCCAGAAUGCAGGAUCAUUCAGCGAUCAAAAUCUGGGGAGAUCAGCAUUAAACAAUCGCUUAGGAGUUCUAGCAGAUUGGAAUUGUUUGACAGGUACAUUGAUAAGAGCGAAGAUGACAGAGGACCAACGCUGAGAAGGCUCAGUUCACAUUGUUUAGAACAUCAAGCUAGCACAUCAAAAUUUUCUUCGCUUGGAUGUGAGAACAAGAAAAUUCAAGGGCAACCUGCUGUAGACCUCUCCUGUGGAUUGGAACAGGCAAUCGUGGAUGCAAAUAUUUCCAGGCGAAAAGAGUUUGAGGAGGCAUUGAGGCGAUGGAAGGAGGAAGACAAUGCACUGGAUGCUAGAAUGAAGGGCCGAUCAGUGGCAAUUUUAUAUGAUAAGGAGGUGAAUGAAAGAACGAAAUUGGAGAAAAUGCUGGGAAGCAAAGGACAAGAAUUGGAUAUGGUGAAAAAUGAGUACCAUGAGACAACAAGAGAAGUCCUAACAGUUCGAGAACAGAACUCAAUACUUGAGAAACAAGUUCAAGAAUCCAAGUUACAGGUGAAGGAGCUGGAGGAGAAGAUGUUUUCAGCUGCAGAACUCUUGAAAACUUUCAAGGAGAGACGAGACAAACUACGUGUAGAGCAUCGAGAUGUCCUGAAAGAUGUAAGAGAUCUAAGGAGAUCAGCACAAUUGGGAACUCCAAGCUUGUGUGGCCCACAGAUCCUCUCCUUUUCUUUUGCUGAGAUCAUUGAGGCAACGCACAAUUUUGACCCAUCUCAAAGGAUUGGAGAAGGAAAAUAUGGAACUGUUUAUAAAGGUUUACUUCGACAUUUACAUGUCGCUGUACGGAUGCUGCCCUCUUUUGGUUCUCCAGGAACAGUGGAUUUUCAACACGGGGUAGAGGUGUUAAGUAGGGUGAGGCAUCCAAAUUUGGUGACACUUAUCGGAACUUGUCCAGAAUCUCGGUCACUUGUGUACGAGUACCUAAAAGCAGGCAGCCUUGAAGAACGCCUUUCAUGCAAAGGCAAAACUGCCCCACUUCCAUGGAAUAUUCGAAUCCAAAUUGCCACAGAUAUUUGCUCUGCCCUUGUCUACCUUCACUCCCAUAAACCUCCAAUUAUUCAUGGGAAUUUAAAACCGUCCAAAGUCCUCCUCAAUGCCAAUUUUGUUGCUAAAGUUGGUGACCUUGGCGUCUAUUGCUUAGUUCCCAAGUAUGAAAAUUCUAAGGUUGCUAAAUCAGAUGCUAAGAGUGAUUCUGAGGUCACUUCACUUUACGAGGAUCCGGAAUUCUUAGUGAGCGGACAGCUUACUCCUGAAUCAGAUGUGUAUUCUUUUGGAAUCAUCUUGUUACAGCUUGUAACUGGAAGAUCAGCUUUGAGUAUUGUUGAAAAAGUGAAACGUGCACUAGAUAAGGGUAAUUUUGAUAGAGUAGUCGAUUUUUCAGCUGGGGACUGGCCACUCGAUCAAGCUAAAUGGUUGGCUCAAUUGGGCUUGAGGUGCUGCAAGCAGAACAAGCUGGACCGCCCAGACCUUGUAUCGGAAAUUUCCAGCGUGAUUGAGUCAUUAAGGGGUUUGUCUAUUGAAUCAGCAUCAAGUUCUCGUUCGAAGGAGCCUGGCAAAGCGCCCUCUCAUUUUGUCUGCCCCAUUUUACAGGAAGUCAUGAAAGAUCCACUCAUAGCGGCUGAUGGAUUUACAUAUGAAGCUGAAGCAAUCCAGGGAUGGUUGCACAGCGGUCAUAACACGUCCCCGAUGACCAAUCUGAAGUUGGAGCACAACAACUUAGUCCCGAACCACGGCCUUCUCCAUGCAAUUCAAGAAUGGCAAGGGCUACUGUAAAAUCUUUACUCCUCCAUGUACAUCUGUUUGUCGACCGACAGUCUUCUCAUACGAUCCCUUGGGCCUCGAUGCGGAUUAGUUAUACCGAUGUCUGUAAAAAUCUUGUUGUACAGAACAAAGAAUUCUUUCACUUCCAUCAAUGGGAUAGUUAUCAUCCGUCAGUUGUUACGUUCUCCUCACUGGGAAUUACUGUCACUUACACGUUGUACUCGUGGACUGUGGCUACAACUUUUAAGACAGCUAAUUUUGCGCUCCA